AUGGUGCUGAGGCUGAAGGUUAAUCUCUUUAAAAGUAGUUUAAGUGGAGUUAAUUUGAAGAAUGAUUUUCUUGAAGCGGUUGUCGUGUUUCUUCAUUGCACGGUAAAUCUGCUUCCUAUUAAAUUUCUAGGCAUCAUGGUUGGGGUUUCGCCGCGGAAGGUGAAGACAUGGAAAUCAAUUCUAGACGUUGUUAGAAGUAGGUUGAUUGUUUGGAGAGGAAAGCAUUUGUCGAUCGGGGGAAGAGUGGUCAUGAUAAAUUAUAUGUUGAAUGUGUUGCCGAUUUACACACUUUCGUUUUAUAAGGUUCCUGUGAAUAUUUUAAAGGAGCUGAUCAAUAUUCAAUCGAGGUUCUUGUGGGGAUGA